CUGCUAACGACUAAUAUUUUAGGGUUAUCGAAAGGUGUCGGCUUUGUACGUUUUGAUAAGAAAGAAGAAGCUGAACUUGCUAUCCAAACUUUAAACGGCACUGUGCCAGCUGGAUGUGUUGAUCAAAUCACCGUUAAGUUUGCCAACAAUCCCGCCACCAACACUGCCAAAAGUGUGCUUCAGGAGCUGGAGGCUGUUCAACAAGUGGCUGCGUCAAACCUUAUGCCCCUCACCUUACUUAGUGCAGCACCUCUACGGUCCGCUAUUGGACCCAUUCAUCAUGCCCCUCUUGCUGCCAAAUAUCGAUAUUCUCCUCUUGCCACCGCAUUACCCGGAACUGCACCAGCCGUUACUGCUCAAGCGACUGCAGAUUACCUCACGACAAUGUUACAGAUGAGCCAGAUGAACGCGCUUGCU